UGGAGCAAGUAUAAAUAGCCGCCCGGGCCAGAGCUCGGCCGAGCAGGGGUCUGCCGCUGCGGAGGGCAGGCCUGUCCACCGCUGGCCACGGGGGUGCAUUCCGGGCACCGAGCCGGCCGGAGCGCCAGGGGGCUCUGACCCAACACCCCAGCCGCCACCACAUCUGCGGAUGCUCUCCCGGCCAGCCAUGCUGCUGGCCGGCCUCCUCCUGGCUGUGGCCACCGUGACCGUGGCCCAGCGGAGGGGACAGGAGGCGGCCGGGCGCCGCCGGGCACACCGAGUCCAGCACGGCCAGUGCAGCUACACCUUUGUGCUGCCCGAGCCCGAGCCCUGCCCACUGGACCCUGAGGCUUUUGGGGGCUCCAACAGCCUCCAGAGGGACUCGCCAGCAGUGGGAAUGAACCUAGGGGACUGGCCAGCCCAGCGGGUGAGACAGCUGGAGAAGGUGCUGGAGAACAACACACAGUGGUUGCAGAAGCUAGAAAGGUACAUCCAGAUGAACUUGAGGUCAGAGCUGGCCCAGGUCCAACAGCACAUGGUCCAGAACCAGACGGCCACCAUGCUGGAGCUAGGCACCAGCCUCUUGAACCAGACCACCGCCCAGACCCGCAAGCUCACUGACGUGGAGGCUCAGGUCCUGAACCAGACGUCACGAAUGGAGAUCCAGCUGCUGGAGACUUCGCUGUCCACCAACAAGCUGGAGAAACAGCUUCUACUGCAGGGCCGUGAGCUUCACCGGCUACAGGGCCGCAACAACGCGCUGGAGACGAGGGUGCAGGCCCUGGAGACGCACCAGCAGGCCGAGCUGGCCUCGCUCCGCGGCGAGAAGGAGCGGCUGCGGCGGCUGCUGGGCCGCCAGAGCGGCGCCCUCGCCGGCCUCGAGCGCAGCUUGCGCGCCGCCAGCAGCAACUCCAGCCUCCUGCAGCGUCAGCAGCGCCAACUGCUGGAGUCCGUGCAGCGCCUGGUGCGCGUCGUGGCCCAGGGCCCGGCGUCCGAAAAGGCAGCUGAAGUAGUGUUCCAGGAUUGCGCGGAGAUCCAGCGCUCUGGGGCCAAUGCCAGCGGCGUCUACACCAUCCAUGUGGCCAACAUGACGGAGCCCAGGAAGGUGUUCUGUGACAUGGAGGCCAAUGGAGGUGGAUGGACUCUCAUUCAACGCCGUGAGAACGGCAGUGUGAAUUUCCAGCGGAACUGGAGAGAUUACAAACAGGGCUUCGGUGACGUGGCAGGGGAGCACUGGCUGGGCAAUGAGGUGGUGCACCAGCUCACCAGCAGGGCAGCCUACUCUCUGCGUGUGGAGCUGCAAGACUGGGAAGGCAACGAGGCCUUUGCUCAGUAUGAGCGCUUCCAGCUGGGCAGCGAGGGGCAGCUGUACAGGCUUUCUCUGAGCGGAUACAGCGGUUCAGCAGGGCGCCAGAGCAGCCUGGUCCUGCAAGGCACCAACUUCAGCACCCGCGAUGCCGACAAUGACAACUGCCUCUGCAAGUGUGCCCAGAUGCUGUCCGGAGGAUGGUGGUUUGACGCCUGCGGCCUCUCGAAUCUCAACGGCAUCUACUACCCAGCUCGCCAGCACGUGCGCAAGCUCAACGGCAUCCGCUGGCACUACUUCCAGGGCCCCAGCUACUCGCUGCGGGCCACUCGCAUGAUGCUGCGUCCCGUGGACAUCUAAUAAGCAGCCACGCCUGGAGCCCGGACCCACAGGGAGAGCCAGGACUUGGUAUCCCUCAGACAAGCUGGACCCAAACACAGGACACAGUGCCAGGGUGUUGUCCUGGGCCCCCGAGCCAGCCGUCCUUAACCAGGAGUCCAGACGCUCAGCCGCCCCCCUGUUCCCCUCAAGUCGUGACAUUGUGGGUGUUGCGGGGAUCCUGACACUAUAGUAUCCCUCUUUCCUCUUCCCUUCUGUCUCCUGCAGGGGUGCCCUGCCAGCUUGAGGGUCACAAUAGCCUGAGUGAGCUGAGAACAGACUUAACUUAGGUCCUCAAAGAAAUACAUGACUCCAGUCCACUCCUCCUAGGUCCCAGCAUCUGAAGCCCAGACCUGAUAUUUGGGGGCUUCAGAAGAUCUAAGGGGGAUUCCUUUACUCCCAGCAUGUUCUAGAAUAUGUUCCAGAGAGAAUAACUCAGGCUCCUCUUGAAAAGUGCCUAUGGUUAAGUGAGGGGGCGAGACACCCAGUUAAACCAAUAUGGAUGGGCAUUCAUAGCUGCAGGACCUGUCAGAGCCUUUAAGGUGGCCGUUUGCCUUUUGACUGCCUGUGAAGGAAUUAGAACGGGCAGCUUUCUCCAAUUGUCCUUAUUUGAAAAACAAGCCCUGUUGAUCCCAGAGCAUCUCUCGGGGCUGCAGAUACCCUUGGAAAAAGCUGGCAAGUGUGGUGAGAAGGAGCCCCGGAGCUCCACCACCACGCACCCCCAUCUGCCCUCGCUCUUUCUGGCUAUAUAGAGUCACCAUGAUGGUCUUGAACAGCCUCUAAAAACAACUGGAAGCCACUUUGGGUUAAAAACAGACACACACCACCCCUGAAAAGAGUCUAGAACCAAGUUUCCGAUCUGUGCUCUGGGCCAGGGUCCUGCCAGACUCCUUCUGGCCCUUGACAGCCAGAUUUCUGCCUGGGGGCUGCCCACUCAGCUCUCCCUGUCACCCUAGCUCACCUCAGCUCACGUUCAGGGGCUGGUGGGGACCAUCCAUUCUGCCUUGAGCAGGAUGCCAGUCUUCAGGUUCAGAUCCUUCCAGCCUCCAAGCUGAGACCCUAACCUUUUCCUCCCACAAGAUCCAAUGGCGAUGCUGCCCACAGCUGGGGGACUUGCAGGGAUGGGAGUGUCAGGCAGAGCCAGCUUCCGCCUGGGUCCGGGGGAACAGGGCUGCUCAUGAACUUCCUUUGGAGGACCAGGUCACAGAGGGGGCACCCACCCCCUCGCUGUGUCACCCUCCUUGGUCUUGAGGCCACCACGAUCCUGCCAUGCGCAGCCAACACCCAGGCCAGCCCAGACCGACCUGCUCUUCCAUUAAGGGUUUGCCUCUGUCUUCAGAAGGUUUUCUGCUAGAUGAGGCUGGGGUGGUGGAAAUGGGGCACCUUGCCCUGCCUGUUCUUGAGCAGGGGCUCAGCCGACCUGCUGAGCAACACCCCCCCAGCACAGAUCAAGGCUGAUCUCUUUAGAAACAAGGAAGGGUGUGGUUGCCAGUGGGGGCAUUUCAGGCGAGGGUGGGGAAGGGUUCUGCUCAGAAGCCUCCUGUGGCCUCACACAGCAUUUGCUCGGUAGGCCUUUAUUUAACAUUUACUGUGUGCGGUGUCGUGCUGUGGGCAGGGCUCUGGGGCUGGACAGACCUGCUCCUGCUCUUGGACUUGAGGCCAGUGGCUCAGGCUCUCAAGGCCUCAGUUGUCUUGUCUGUGAAAUGGAGAGGAAGCCCCCUCCUGGAUGCACUGUGGCAAAGAGGCGAUGAAAUCAUGUAUGUCAGUAACAGAGCCUGACAUGAGCAGGUGCCUAAUAAAUGUUAGUUCCCAGAGAGGUAAACGGGGUGAGGAAGUCCACUCCUCGUGCAUGCCCCCGCUACUUCUGGGCCCAGGUA